CGCCGUUCAGCUCCGCUGUUCGAACCCGCCCUCAAACCCCUAACCAACACACCAAAACAACUCUAAACAUGGACAAAGCUUCCCUCAGGCUCUCCGGACGGGUCGCCGCCCACGGCAACGGCCGAAUCGGCAACGAGAAGUUCACCCUCACCGCCUCUACCGGCUUUGCCAACGGUGGCACCGUGACCCUCAGGGCCACCCCCGGUUUCUCCCCCAAAUACGAUGAGAAUGAGAAGAAGCUGAACUUCCAGGGCGAUGCUAUCUCGAACGUCGGCGACAUCGGCAAGCUCUCGGAGAUCGACGUCCAGUUCUCCAAGUCAGGCGUCGAGCUCGCUGGCCAGGCCUGCGACGUUACCGUCGCCCGCGACCACGCCGAAGGAGACAAUGCCGCCCCCUCCGGCGUCCGCAUCAAGUCCAACGUCGACAAGGUUGGCGACGUCACCAUCACCGCCAUCCAGGCUGGCCACAAGACCCUCAACGACGAGGAUGCGCGCGCCGAGAAGAACGCUAUCCGCAUCGCCGCCGACAUUCCCCUCUCCGACGUCAACGCCGACCUCACCGGUUCCGUCGACUACGACCUCGUCAGCAAGAACGCCAACGUCAGGAUCGGCUACCACAAGGACGACAUCACCGUCAAGCUCAGGACCCUCAUCAAAGAGGACGGUGACAAGAGAACCGCCGCAUCCACGAUCAACCUCGACUACUCCGGCCUCGAGGGCAUCGGCGUGGGCGUCGAGGUCAAGGACGACAAGACGGGCCAUCUCCAAAUCACCAAGGAUGACUUCAAGCUCAAGGUCCCGAUCGAGGAAAACAAGGUGAAGACCAACGACGCGUCCAUCACCUACAACUGGGCCAUCGACAUGUAAGAGACUGAAGCAACUGCUGCUUCAGCGCGCGCGCACGCAAGGGUUCGCAACACGACUGUAGAAAAUGAACGGACGACCAGUUGAUCGAGCACACGACUUCGAGGCUGUACGUUGUACCACCUGUGCAUGUACGAGUAUAAGGCUACUCUAUCACCAGCCUGAAUAUCAUGUACUCCGUGACACGCCUUUCGGUGUGUGUCUGCAUCUUUUUUCCUUUUAAUAAUAAUUUUCAUUCGUGAAC